CUUCCUUCCUUCUUCCCUCCCUUUUCCUUGCCUGAUCCGUCUCAUUUCCGGCAGCUUACGAGGACGCGGUUGGCCCGUCACGCCGGAAUCCUCUAGUGCUCAUUCUCCUCCUCCUCCUCCUCCUCCAUAUCCCGCAACGAUGAGGCCGCGAGUGAUCCCCACUGGCCAUUUCACACGCAAUCCUGCAGCUGCACCUCGGUGGGUUCCCAGACGUGGCCGUGUCCUUAGGAGCGUCCUCAGGGCGGUGUUCUCGUGCUUUAAAAGGCGCCACCGCGGCCGUCCCUCCCCCUCUGGGUCUCGGUCUCAGUCUCAGCUGAGCCCCUGAAUGUCCUGUCAAUGACAAUGUGUCUGUCCGUACGAUCACAUGAACACCGAAUGACCAAUAACGAACAAUGAUGCAAUUCCUUUUUUCUUGGACUCGUCACGUCGUGCUCGUACUCUGUAUUUUUUCCUAAUCUACAUGUAGCCCUGGCCGCCUCAUGCGUUUCACUUGGAUCGUUCUCUUAGCUGUUCCGAUCGAUUUGACGAUAAAGACCACAUCUUAUCGCCGGACCGAACAAAAGUUACAAUUGCUGUUCACUUGUGUUGAAGUCCAAUUUUUCAGUGUUCUCCUGAAACCUUCGGUUCUAAAGGGCCUAAUUGCAUUUACCAAAGUCAAUAACCAAACUAAUAAUUAACAAUUUAUAUAAAUAAAAAAAGGUCUUCUUGCCCAAGGAAAAAAAAAAAGACAUUCUAUAGUAUUUUGAUAGUUACUUAUUUUAAGAUAUAUGAAACAGAUCCCUCGUCCCCUCUAAUAUGACCGUACAUACUCUGCAACAUGCAAUAAAUUGGCCAAACCUCAACUCGGAAUGUUAUAAAGUUCGAACCGAUUGCACUGGUAGAGGCUCGAGUAUAACCCGAUUCUUAGAAGAUACUCUUAUUUACAAAAUAAAUAAAUAACUUUAAUUUUUUUUUUAAAAAAGAAGGCUGGCAGUACCAAACGUUUGAGAAACGGUGCUCGGACGGCACACCCAGGGCAAGCCUAUCUCCAGCUCUGCAAUGAGGGAACUGUAGCCGUCAAAAGUAACGGCGGUAACGGCCCCGAGAAAAAUGGCGGGUGGGGUAGAAUGAACAAAACCACCACCAACUACUUUUCAAAAAAAAAAAACUAUCUCCUCUGUAAAACGGAAAACAGCAAACAACCAAUUCCUUCCCCCUUCAUUGAAUUUAAUUCCGAUCCCCAGAAAAUCUCUUCCGUCUCCUCCGAGGGGCUCCGUUUGAGCUUCGUCCAUGACACCGAUGUAGAUUUCGAGCGGAGAGGAAUUAAUUGAUUAAUUAGUUUUGAUCAAUUGAUUGAAGGGGAAGGAGAAUCUUGUGUUUUUGUUUUCUGAUGGGGGCUUGCAUCUCCGCAAAUGCAAAGGCGGGGGCCUACUCGAAGAAUCUCCCGAAGGAGAAGGGCAGCUCCCACCACCACUACAAGAACCGCCAGUCUCGGCCCCAAUCUGGCCAUUUCUCUGGCCCCAUUCGCCGCUCUGCCCACCUCCGUCCCGUCAAGAUCAUCAGGGACCCUGCCGGCGAUAACAUCCAUGAAAAGUACGAGUUCGGGAAGGAGCUGGGGCGCGGUGAGUUUGGGAUCACGUACCAAUGCACGGAGAAUGAAACCGGCGAGAUAUAUGCAUGCAAGACCAUAUCGAAGGCGAAGCUGAGGACGGAGAUUGAUGUGGAGGACGUGAGGAGGGAGGUCGAAAUCAUGAGACACCUUCCCAAGCACCCGCACAUUGUCACCCUUAAGGAGGCCUACGAGGAUAAGGAUGCUGUCUACUUUGUCAUGGAGCUCUGUGAGGGAGGUGAGCUCUUUGAUCGCAUUGUGGCUCGUGGGCAUUUCACGGAGCGGGCAGCUGCUAAAAUCACAAAGACAAUAAUCGAAGUUGUCAAGGUAUGCCAUGACCAUGGAGUUAUUCACCGCGACCUGAAGCCCGAGAAUUUCUUGUUCGCUAACCGAACCGAAACGUCUCCGCUGAAAGCCAUCGACUUUGGUCUCUCUACUUUCUUCGAACCAGGUCAGCGUUUCCGCGAAAUAGUCGGAAGCCCGUACUAUAUGGCCCCCGAGGUUUUGAGGCGAGAUUAUGGACCGGAAGUAGAUGUCUGGAGCACUGGGGUUAUCCUCUACAUAUUGCUCUGUGGAGUUCCUCCCUUCUGGGCAGAAACCGAAGAAGGAAUUGCACAAGCCAUUGUUCGGGGUGAGAUCGAUUUCGAGAGGGACCCAUGGCCAAAAGUUUCGGCGGAAGCAAAGGAUCUCGUGAAAUCUAUGCUCGAGCCAAAUCCAUACAGCCGAUUCACUGUCCAAGAAGUCCUCGAACACCCAUGGAUACAGAACUUAGACAAAGCUUCCAACGUCUCCCUCGGAGAGAAUGUCAGGGCUAAGAUCAAGCAGUUCUCCCUCAUGAACAAGUUCAAGAAGAAAGUCCUCCGAGUCGUUGCGGACAAUUUACCUGAGGAGCAGGUGGAUCAGAUCAAGGAGAUGUUCUACACCAUGGACACCGAUAAUACCGGGGACCUAACAUUCGAAGAGCUGAAGCACGGGCUACACAAGUACGGGCAGCCUGUAGCGGAUCCUGAGGUUCGGAUGCUGAUGGAUGCAGCGGAUGCGGACGGAAACGGAACAAUAGAUUGCGAGGAGUUCUUGACAAUGUCGGUCCACUUGAAGAGGAUCAACAGCGACGAGCAUCUCUCUCAGGCUUUUGAAUUCUUUGACAAGAACCAGAGCGGGUUCAUCGAGUUUGACGAGCUGAGGGACGCCCUGGUGGACGAGCGGCUUGGCCCCAACAAUGACCAAGUCAUCGAGGAUAUCAUAUACGAUGCUGAUCUGGAUAAGGACGGUCGGAUCAGCUACGACGAGUUCAGGGCGAUGAUGAAGAUGGGAAUGGACUGGAAAAUGGCGUCCCGCCAAUAUUCGAGAGCAAUGCUUAACGCCCUCAGCCUGAGGCUCUUCAAAGAAAAGGGUUCCUUGAAAAAUUAAUUAAAUUAUUUCAAAAAGGAAAAAAAAGAAAAAGAAAAAGAAAAAGGAAAAGAGAGACAGAGAGCUUAAUGUAUGAAAAAUCAACAGAAAAAACAAAAAAAGAGGGAAAACAUUUUUUUCUUAAUUUUCUAAUUUUUUGUGAAGGCACAUGCGGGAGGGGAGAAUCCAAUCUCAAAGAGGUAAAUGUGAUGAAUUUGAACUGCUUACUUUCUUUAAACGUGCUUCAAUUCAAAUGUGUAUAUACAUUUAUUAUAGUGCAUGUAUGUAUGUAUGUAUGUCGUGACAAAAAAAGGGGAGGGAAAGCAAAAAUUGGAUAUUUUGGAGAUGUAUUAUAAUUGCGCACGACUCAAUAUUUUUCAUUGAUUUA